GAUCCAUAUAUACGGUAUAUCGGAUUCAAUUGAGGCGCCAUACCAGUACCCGGUAUACGGUAUCAUACCAAUUCACGAACUUGAACGAAGGCCCUGCAUAUUUAUAUGCUCCUGCUGCUGCGCUGGGUAGCUGAAUCAUUAUACUGAUGAUCCCAUGAGCUGAGAUCAUCAGAAAGAUGGACGCUUACCCAUCAGAAUAAGAUCCCAGAUAACAAGAUUUACCAAACAAACUAUCAAUUUUUGAUCAGUAUGACCGGUAUACCUUGAAGGCUAGAUUGGAAGAAUGCCUCGCUUUUUCAACACAUACUCUAGAUUAAAGCCCGUCUCCAAGAAGGCUGAUGUUGAUGCAUUUUCUGAACUGCAAAUAUGUAGAGCUGCAAAACGGAAAGAAAAAGUGACUGCCCUCAAGUCCAUUGCAGAAAGUGAGACUGGUGAUCCGGAUAAAGGAGAAUUGGCUGAUACAUUUGAAUCAAAAGUCACGAUGAAUAUUUUGCCAAAACCUGUCUCACAAAAGUCAUCACGAAGGAAGCCAACUCCUUUGAAAGUAGAAGGAAAGGGAUUGGGCAUGAGAUACAGAAAACAGUACUCUCCAAUGGCUAGAACUUCCCCUAAUGAAGAUACAAGUGAUGAUAUUGACGACUCCAUUCUUUACCUCUCAGAUUUCUUGGAGGAAAGUACAACUUUGUCUGAUGGAGAGACAACCCUUACAAAUGCAGAGACCCGUGACGACUCCAUCAGUGACUACUCUGAUAUCGAGCUCCCUAGAGAUUUACCAGAGCAAAAGAGAAAAUCAAGCACGGUAUCAAGCAGAAUUCUGAAAUUGUCACAGAUGUCUAAUAGGAAAUCUUCUCACUCAAAGUCUCAUUCAAAAGGUGAACAAAAUUUAUCAAAGAUAGGAAAGAAAGCUCAGAUGACUACAACAUCAGUGUACAGCCUUUUGAGUGAUGAAAGUAGCUCUAGCCUUGCUGAAUCUCCUUUGAAGAAACUAGCGGGGAAUGAAACUAAGCUUAAAAUCGCUGGAAAGAAAGUACCACUUGUGAAGAAAAGUCCAACCAAGAUUAACCAUCAUGAAGGCAUUGGUGAAUCAUCUGCAAAGGAUGGAAAGAAGCAAGUUUCAUUCCAGCUGAAAUUCAAUCAAGAAAUGAUAGACCUGGAAGAUGCCGACACGAGCACUCCUUUUAAUGUAUCCCUUCCUCAUCGUUCUGCUUCUAAUAGCAUUCUGAAAAAGACAUCUGCAAUAGAAGCCAGUAUUGUGGGUCCUGGUGAGACUGUCAGGGCAACCAGUACACCCCAGAAGUCAAGCAGACAUUCCAGGAAGGCCCAUGGGUGCCAUAUUAUGGAUCUUUCUUUUGAUGUAUCUGCUGUAUCUCUGCCUCCGGAUCAUGAUCUGGUGAUAACACACAAACCAAAGAAACCUGAAAAGAAUCGGGAGGUGAAGCAAACUCGAAAGUUGUCAGAAGGACCUGGAGAAACAACAGAGAAGUUGCUAGAUUUCGAGCCGAUGUGUCUACAGGCAUCUCAGCACUUGGAUUUGGGGGCAGAGACACCAGUGACAGAUGAGAAGAGGAGAGUGAAUGAAAUGACCCCUUCUACCCAACUGAAACGUCACAGCCCUGAAGCUGGGACACCUUCUAAGCAGCUACCAAAGAAAUCAAGAAUCUUGAAGCAUGCUGGAGAUGCAGGCCUUGGUAAUAGAAAGCGUCUCAACUACCAACACCUUGAAUCAUCAGAACCCACUCCAGAGUGUGUCCUAACUACAUUGCCAUUUCAAGGAUACAGUAUCCAUUCAUCCAUUGCACAGAUACCAACACUGCAGGGCAAGAUUGACAUGAGGCACAUCAGGCAACACCCUCAAGAUAUACUGGAGACCAUUCCUGACAGAACAUUUCUGCAUCUGAAAUCUGCCAUCGGUAGUCACAGUUAAAUACUUUUUCUUUGGCAUCAAGUAAAAAAUGGAAUGAUUAAGUUCAGAUUUGAUGUACGUUCUGAACGUCAUUUGAGUUAUCAUUUUAAAGCUGUUAAGAGGCUCUUGUUUAUACAAUGACUUCACUAUUUUUUGAAGCACUUGGAUAGUCUAAUGAUCUAUUAUUUAUAGUGCAAGUUCCCCUGAUAUUUGGUGUAAAUCAAGCAUCAAAAUGAGAGAAGCAUUUCAGUGAAGGUUUAGUGUCACAUGCCAGCUGCUCCUCCAUAUGCUCUGUGUUAUAAACUCCAUCAAUUUCAGUUCUUACGGUUCAUGAAUCAAUAUAAAAAUAAUUGAAGCCUUUAUGAAAUAAAUUUGUUAUAUUUAACAAAACAGAUUGAUAUCAGAGACUUCACAUCUUAAUCUUUUAAUUGAUGAAAAAAUAUAAACAAUUAAUUUUUUGAAAAUUUUUAGUCUUGUAGGUCACAUCAGGUUCUACUUGUGUGCAAAUUUCCAGCGGCCGAGAUCUGAAGUAUAUCCUGGUCUGAAAUAGCCCAGUUGAAUUAGGGUCAAUUUCAGGGCUUUAUUUUGAAGACAGUAAAGCAUUUAGGUCUAUUGCAACUCAGAUUUCAUCAAGCCUCUCCAAUUAUCUUGAAUACCACCUAUCCAAAUUAAGAAUACAACAGUUGAAGGUGCUUCCAUGGAAAUGUAAAUCAAUAGGAACAAGUAUGAUUGUUCUUCACUUAUGGGAAAUUUGUGGACAUCUUUUGGUGAUCACAUGAUUUUUUACAACUGAACCAAGUUGUAUGCAUUGGAAGGUGUAUCGGAGUACAUAGUUUGUUUUUUGUUGAUAUUUUUCAAAUAAACUGUAAUCUAAAAUUGAUACCAGAUAUUUAUGUGUGAAAAGAGUGUAUUUUCAAAUUUGGAAGUUUAUUUUGUAAAAAGAAUUUGUUACUAGCAUUGAUGAGAUGUGUAUUUAUGUUAAUUUAUUUAUUUCUGAAUUUCAAUUUCAUUGAAUACAUACGGGUAUAUGCCUUGAAUACUUUUUCCAAAGAUCAUAAAAUGUGAAUAGGUCAUUUUCAUUUGUGUUAUGAACUACACAGUAUUUAUUCUCUUCAAAUAUUUAUGUAAAUUAGAGAUAUCAUAGAUUUAAUGUUUUGUACUUCUUGUACAAAUUAAACAAUGUAUUUUUGUCAAUACAAAAUCUUCUACUUAUAUGAAUUUGUUUCUGAAAUUGAUUUUGAGUAUUUAUUACCUAUGCAAGACAUUUCAACUGUGAAUAGACACAUUUUGCACUGAAUUAUGGAUCACUCUUCCAGGUCCUUCCCACAGACCCAUAUACUAAAUUACAGGGUAAUAUUUAUAUUGACCAGGCUUCUCAAGGAAAUGCAUCAGAUAGCGCACAGACGACACUGCACUCGUCUUUGACUUUUGCAAGGGAUCUCAGCUGAUUUUCCUGAUAUAUGCCUUAUGCCCUGUUAAGCCCCUCCUCUUUUUUUCCUAACAAUCUUCCUUAUUAUUUAACAAUCAUAUAUUCUAUUAAUUUGUGGCUAAGAAUUGUGCUAUUGUGCCACAAAAAGCCACAUCAUUUUUGUUCGAAAUAAACCUGCAAUGUCAAGUGAAUUAUUGUAAAAAAAUAUGUACAGCCGAAGAGAAAUAUAUUUAUUUGAAAUAUGGUAUUGACUAUUGACAUGUAUUAUUUAUUUGAAAUAUGGUAUUGAAAUACAUUAUGUUCAUGUCCAAAAGAGACACUGAUACUGACAUAAUAUAUAUUAUCUAUUAUAAGUUGAAAAGAAAACUGAAAAUAAAAUAAAAUGUUAUGACAAAACACAAAAAGGCAUGUUUGUGUGUUUUCAAUGUUUAUUUUCUCACAUCUUCAUUAUUGAAACUAUGAUUAAACAGAUGAACAAGAAUUUCUCACACG